UUGGGGAUAGACAGACAAAUAAUGACAUUGCUCUUAAAAGUGAAAAUUUUGCUAGCAAUAUCUUUACUAGCUCUUCGAACGUUUAUACAAAUGGAGUGGACGUUGGAAAAUUUCCAUUUAAUAAUAAAAUUACAAGCAUCGCCACUCUCUUAAAUCCAGUAGAAAGCAUUAUGUCCACGGAGAAUAGCAGCAACCUUAAUAUAGUUGAUAACAACAAUCAGAACAUUAUCUUUGGUACAAAUAAUCUGGCAAAUAGAUUAGCUAAAUAUGCUGAUGGCUUUACUACCAAUAAUGCAAGCGUUAAUGUCAAUGCAAUCAAUGAUCUGUUUAGCUCUAAUAGGAUUGGAAAUAUUGGUGGAUCAUCAAUAAAUGGCAGCUUCAUUAACUCUACUCCUGCAAUGUUUGCUAAUGGUCAAUUUAGCGCUAAUUCAGUAUCACGAAAUAGUGGCAAUCUUGUUAAUUCUAUUGCUACUUCCUUUGCUAAUGGAGCUAUCGCUGGUCCUUCUACCGGUGGUAGUUGUAUAGGAUCAUACUCACAAAUGAAAGGAAUAUUGAAUCCUCUUCAUGUGACAUCAGUCCCUGGAGGAUUCACUACUUCGCCCGCUAAUGAUACUGUUGCCAAAAUUUCAUAUCUCACAUCUAGCAUUGUACCACAGUCUACUCCACUAUAUACCUCUACUCCUACACCUGCUGGCUUUUACACCACUACGCCUGUCACUCACGAAGCCUCGCCGACUAAAAGACGUAAAGUAGAAGAAGAAAAUAAUCAAGAAGCACAAGUGGACUUUGAGAAACGCCGAAAAACUUCAAAAGGAAAGCGAACACCUAAAAAGAUUCCCGAACAAUUAGAAGAAACCGUUGCUGAAGAUGAGCCUGAACGUCCACAAAUUCCCCAACCUGUUUGUGCAGUUUGUAAUCUUGUACCUCCACCUUCAACGGAUCAACCAUCUGCCACUUAUAUUACUCCUACAAAAGCAAGAAGUUCGAUGUUAUUAAAAGGAAGAGAUAAAGUGCAUCGCAUGAUUCGGUGCAAUUUCUGUAAAAAAUGGUACCAUUUAGCAUGCAUGAAUCCUGCGCGCCGUACCAUGCCGACUGGAGGAUACGUUUGGAGAUGUGAAGACUGCGAUCCUGGUAGCGACGCCUCUGAUGGCAGUUUUGUCCCAGAAAAUGAACGCCCGACAAGUCCCAGAGUACCCGCAGAGACCAGUGAGGAUCAUGGCGAUGGCUCUUCACAAUCUACAGAAAAGGGUAAAACGAAAAAAGAUGUAGUUGUGACUAGAAAGUGGAAAUUGCGAUCGGAUACGA